AUGCAUUUUACAACGAGUAUCGCAACGGUCUUCGCCAGUACCUUACUUCUUUCUUUGACAAUUGGUCUUCUCAGUGAAGAUCUGCAUAACCAACAUUAUGCGCGAGGUCUGUCUGCGCGUGCUGAGCCCCCAAAGCCCAAAUCGCCAACUCCCUUCAGUAAGAAGUACUGCUCGGAUCCUCUACCUCAAUCGUUUUUCAAGAAUAUGGAGCAGGAUGCAAAGCCUAAGACAGAUCCGGAAGAAGAGACAGACCGGAAGCUGAAGAAAGACCCGAAAAUAAAAACUAACCCGAAAAAGAAGACGGCGCCGAGGGAUAUCGAAAAAUCAAAGAUCCAUGCGCGUGGCCCUGUUUCCGUUAAAAUGGGUUCUUUUAUUGCGCAACUCGAAAGAGGGGAGGGUUUAACAUCUGAUGGUUUUGGUACGUGCCCAGGUUUUGCCGUUGUUGGUACGCCGGCAGGAUCGAAUAAACCUGCCAGGAUCCUUUACCAUAUGAGUCUUGGUACAAGUAAUGAGCAUAGGUUUCGUGAAUUUAUGGAUGCGAUUAGAACAUCUGGGAUGACAGUUACGCAAGGCGUAAUGUACACAGUCGACACUCGAGCGUCUAAUCCAGAGAACGACGACCCGGAUUUGGCUGCUGAAUCUGCGGCAUCUGAGGCGACUUUUGAAUACCGGUGGUGGCAUUUCACCCGAAUCUGUUCCGGUCAAUGUAUUCGCGAGUACCACCCCUGGGGAUCACGAACUACUGUUCUAUCUAUAUCCUCAUCCAAUGUAAUUAGUACUCAUCAUAUUAUGUGA